AUGCAUAACAAGGCUUCGAGCAGAGACGUAAAUAGUCAAAACUUCACAAAGCUAAAGAGAGUAGAUACGAAUCCAGAUCCAGACAUUUACGACAUCACAUACGUCGACAUUUCUCCCUCCGAGGGCUCAUCUUCUCCGUUAUCCAAAUCGCCAUGGUCAGUACGAGUCGAUCCCACCGAUGCAGAACCGCCGCAUUCGGCGUCGAAACCUCCGCCGGCGUCGUACACCGAAGAACACACUAACUACUCACCCAACGUUCUCCUGGGAUCUCUGGUCCGCGAAGAAGGCCAUAUCUACUCCUUAGCCACAUCCGGAGAUCUACUCUACACCGGAUCCGAUUCCAAAAACAUCAGAGUCUGGAAAAGCCACAUCGAAUUCUCCAGCUUCAAAUCCAACAGCGGACUGGUGAAGGCGAUCGUGCUCGCCGGAGACAAAAUCUUCACGGGGCAUCAGGACGGGAAGAUCCGCGUCUGGAAAGUCUCGGCGAAGGAGUCCAACGCCUUCCGCCGCGUCGGGACGAUGCCGAACCUCCGCGAUUUCAUCAGGAACUCGAUCGCGCCUUCCUCCUACUUCAAUUUCACGCGGCGGAAUCGGACCAGCGCGCAGGGGUUCCGGCACCUGGACGCGAUCUCGUGCCUCGCGCUGAGCGAGGACAAGCGGCUCCUGUACUCGGGAUCGUGGGAUAAGACGUUUAAGGUGUGGAGAGUCUCGGAUCUGAGGUGUUUGGAAUCGGUCAACGCUCACGAGGACGCGGUGAACGCCGUCGUUUCGGGUUUCGACGGAUUGGUUUUCACUGGAUCUGCAGACGGGACGGUGAAAGUGUGGAGGAGGGAGGAUCAGGCGAAGGAGACGAAGCAUUUCUUCUCCGAGACGCUUUUGAAACAGGACUGCGCCGUUACGGCGAUCGCGGUUGAUCAGAGCGCGACGUUAGUUUACUGCGGUUCGUCUGACGGAACCGUUAACUUUUGGGAGCGUGACCAUAAUAUGAAAAACGGCGGCGUUUUGAAAGGGCAUAAACUCGCGGUGCUCUGUCUUGUCACGGCGGGGAAUUUGCUGUUCAGUGGUUCUGCUGAUCUUGGAAUUCGCGUUUGGAGGAGGCCGGAGCGCGGCGGAGGAGAGGAGCACGUGUGUCUUUCGGUGUUGACGGGACACGCGGGUCCGGUGAAGUGUUUGGCGGUGGAGAGAGAUCAGGAAUCGGUUUCCGGUGAGAGAAGGUGGAUUGUGUACAGUGGGAGUUUAGAUAGAUCGGUGAAGAUGUGGCGUGUGUCGGAGAAUGCGCCGCCGAUGGAGUUCCGUUCGUCGGAUCCGUUUGGUGGUCCGACUGAAUUAACGGUGGCUCCUAGCUUCUCGGCACAAGGGAGAGUUAGCCCCAAAAGAUAG